GGCAUCAAUGCCCGCGAUCUUGGCUCUAUCCGCUGACCGGUUAUUGAAUACCUUUGGAGUCCUUUUAGAUGUUUGAAGAUGGCUACGCCGCUGAACACGGCCUGGCAGACUCUCAUUGGAGCUGGCUAUGGGCCGGAAGUGGUGACGCAGCUCCGCGCCUUGGGACCUCAACAGCUCCAGGAGCUUGUGACACAAGGCUCCAGCAGUUCCAGCGCAGGCGUUGUGGCAGUUCAAGCUGCCUGGCUCCUGUGUACCCGGCACCCGCCUGGCUCCUGCCCAGAUUCGACCGGGUUGGUCGACCUCACAACUUCUCCUUCCCAUGCCGUGGGCGUCCGAGCCUUAACGGCACUGCUGAAGUGCGACUCUGCACGUUUGGUUCAGGUAGUGCCCCAGACCAGCUCCGCCCUCCGCACCGUGGCCUUCCAAGCCCUGGCUCGGUUGGGUCAUGGCUCCCUCCGUGGACUCGUGACACCUGAGCUGCUGGCGAGCUGUGAGAGGCACAUUGCCGCCAAGCUGCUGCUAAAGGGUUCCACUGAAGACCAGGCUGCCUUGGCGAAAGCUCAGUGGCCAGGUUUGGCUUCUUCGGCGUCCUUCAAGGCGGCCUUUUCCUUGGCCGCACGGAUGCCAUUGCUCGUGCUGCAGCUGCUGUCCAGCACGAUUCCGAAGCAUUGGCAGAAACAGCAAGUUGCUCAGGUUGUAUCCGUUGCCGUCGCUUCAUCUCCAGAUGCAGCAAUGACCAUCUUAGGAGAACUUGCAGAUCUUCCGAAAGCAUUCUUUUCAAAGGGCUUUGCCAUUUGCCUGCUGAAGGGACUUGCCAAAAAGCAACCUGCAGAGACUUUGCAAGAAUUCCGCCGCUGGCUUCCAGCCGAUGUGAAAGUCCGCUUGGGAGAUGCAACACCCUGGGGUGAACUGCUCACUAGUUGUGCACAAAGAGCAGCAAGAAGAGGCCAGAAUCUUUGGCAUGUGGCCAUUGAACUUGCGACAGAACUUGCUCGACUUGAUUCGCUGGCAGCGCCUGCCCUGUUCAAUGCUUUGAAGCUGCCAAAGGGAAUGGCAUUGUCCCACGAACAGUUGCGAAGCCUCUUCGGCAUCACGGAUCUCGGUCACUUGGGCCCGUUACUUUGUCCCUUGCGGCGAAGCACGGCUGAAGCAACGUUGGAUGCGGCUUUGUGCCAAAAACUGUCAGAGACCAAAGACGUCUCUUCCGCUCGGGGCGAGGUCCACAGCUUAGCCCAGUGGACACCUCAGGCACGAAAGCGGCUGGCCAAACGGCUUGCUACCCCAAAGCCGGAGGAAGUAGCUGGUGCUCCACCAUCCGAGGACUACCUGGAGAUUCUGAGCUGGCUCCCUGAAGAGGUCGAGGAGGUCAAGUCUCGUUGCAACAGUUCCAAUGGCCAAGCACGCGAGGCCGGCUUUAAAGCGCUCAUCCGCAAUGCUGCCCGUGAAACUCCCAGGACCAGUGAGGCCAUUGAGGAGGCCUUGCACUUCUUUGAGCGGCGCUUGAAGAACGAACAGGACAAUAUACGCGCAGAGGUCUUGCAGCAUAUGCAGGAUGUUGUGCCCCUUCGUUCCUGGAGCCCUUCACAUGUGGAGCCUUUAAGGCGGCUUUUAAUGUUCUCCAUGCAGGCGAAGGGUAGCAGUGCUUUGUCCUUGCAAGUCUGGGCAAAUGUCCUCGAGGUCUUGCUGGCUCACGGGGUCGCCAUGGCAAGCACCAACGAAAUGAAUGCUUGCGGUGCCCUUGGACUUGAAAUCCUGGAGCAGCUCCAGGGGGCCGCAGUUUGCAGCAAAGAGAUUCUUGCAAACAUGCACUUCGGCACCAAGGUUUUUGAGCGCCUCGCUCGGCUGGAAGAUCAAGAAAAGUCUGCAGCCUUUGGAACUCACGGCCUGGAUUGGUUGGUCUUGAGGUUCUUAAGGCCUGGCAUUGAAGAUCUGCUCAAGAAGGGCCAAGUCCAAGUGGCGGGCCAGUGGCUGGUCCGAUGGGAUACCACAAGCUUGACAUUGGAAAAAGCCAGGAGAGGCAGAGGGAGCGAAAGCAUGAUUUCACCAGCUUUGAGGUCACUCUUGCGGGAAGGCUUCAAAGCUGUGCGGGAUGCCAUGGGCAGUUGGUUCACCAGUUCGAGAAAGAUGCAGGAGUUGAUCCAGGAGUGCCUCCAGUGGGACCUAGAAGUGACGGCAACAGAGCGGACUGCUUGUCAAGUGGAGGCGCUCCAAUUCUUAUGUCAGAUGUGCAUGAAGUCGUCUUUGAUGCGUGUGAUUGACUGGACCUUGUGCACCCAGACCCCGUGGCAUGUAGGCUAUGCUUUUCAGUUCUUGGCUGGGCAUAGAGGCCUUUGGCUGCACAAACAUGACCCGCAACUGCAUAACGAACUUGUGAGGGCACUUUGCUGCAGCUGGCAAUGGAUGAAUGAGCGGCAGCGUUAUGCCUUUGUACACCAUGUUGUUAGAGUUGGCAAGGGCUGUUGUGGCUUCGGUUUGAGGAGCUUGGUGGAAUGUCUAUGGACCUGGCACUUUCGUUUGGAUGUAGAGCAGUUCACAGCCCAAAAAAUUAGACUUCGAGGCUCUUUAGAGAACUGCCUCCCCAAAAAGAGGCAGAAGAAAGUCAUUGUUCAAAGUCUGAUGGAGCACUGGGCCAGAGCGCCGCUGGAGGUCCGCUUGGAUCUCCUUUGUACUUCAUCGCUUUUGAUGCGCCGACUGCAAUACAAGGCUGAAUCCAUGGAAAUGCUUUUGCCAAGUGGCCCUUGUUCAAGCAAACUCUAUCACUUCAGAAGUCUUAUCAUGGACUCCAUCCCCUUACAUUUCUUUGACCGCUUUUCGGCUGAUCAAAGCUGUCCUCCCUUUUUCGCUUGGUCUCAAAGGCUGCAGACUGCCUUUGCAGAUUUCUGGCUUCUUCCAAACUUAACUGAGCAAAGUGUGGGGCUUUCUUUAAGGCCAGGUCAGAAUGAAAAGAUCUUUGUCAGAUGUGCCCAGCUUCUUUUGGCAUUACCUCAUGUUGAUCCAAAGCCUUUGGACAGUUUCGUGAAUUUUUGUGCCUCAACACAGGGGCAACAAGGGUCUUCAGGCACUGCAGAGCUGUCAACCGAACAGGCUUUCCUUCGUGGCAGUUGUGGUGCGCUGUUGGACCAGCUGGUGCUCGUAAUGGCCGCAUGUGAUCAGCCAAAGUCCAUUUUGUCGACUUUCCAGCGUCAGCUAGGCAAAGGUGUCUCAAAGCAAGUGGCCCGGAGCUUUGUACGCCUUUUGGGGCGAAUGGGGGGCCGGGAGGCCUCUGAAUUGGUGCUCCGCACCACGACUGGCCAGGCAUUCUUAGGCUUGAAGGUUGCAGAGCAGGUUGCGAUGGUCCGAUUGAUGGGCAAGUUCCUGGGAGAAUCUGCAGUGGAGCCGUUGAAAUCCAUUUGGCAGAACAAGUGUCAUCGGGAUGUCGGUGGCGCUGUCCUGACCCAGCUGUGCCACAGAAAGGUCUCUUCCAAAGCAUCAGCGGAGCUGCUCAAGGAUGCCUUCAUAGGUGCCAAAGAAGGCCGGGAGGAAGUCUUGUACCCUGUCCAGGUCACACUGAGGAAUUUGUGUGGCUCACCUUGCGAUGACAUGGUGGCAGAGCUUUUGCUUCCACUAUGCAGCUUGGACACCCUAAUGGAGUUUACCUUUGGUGCUUUUGCAGCUUGGGCCAAGAGUCGGCAAGGUCCAGAUCAAGUCUUGGCAGCUCGAGUAGCUGCUGCAAUCACAGAUGCUUUGUGUAGGAACCCACCGACCUCCGUCCCGGUGCACACUGAUAGAGCGACGAUCGCCGCAACGCGGUGCUUGGUGGACUUGGCAACCUUGGACCCCAGUUACCUCAAGGCAGCCCUGUCUCGGCUUUCAGAGACUGCGGCCAGGCCGUGUCGUUUGGCGCACAGGCGCCUUGACAUCAUGGUGCAAGAGUUGCGGCGCUCGCCGCAAGCGUCUUUGGCAGCUACAACGCUGUUGGAAGGGAAUGCGUGCGCGGUCAACCGGGGACUCAUGCCCUGGGCCUUCCAUCUCAGCUGGGAGGAUGGGAAGAAAUUGUUGGAAGAGUUGAGUCAGCUGCCUGCAGCUGUAGUUCAAGAGCCACUGUAUUUCAAGCAGAUGGUCAGAUGCUGUGUCGAAUCUCUGAAAUCCAGGAACGCAACUGAGGAAGAACUUGAGCAGACAGCUCGGAUCUUGGCGGGAUCCGAGGUCGGACGAUGGGCAGACGCUCGUUUGGUGAUGUUGAUUGCCAUGGCUCAAUGUACCAGCAGAGCCUACGAAUCUUUGGAGGCGGCCUUGACCACAGCUGGCCCCCUGUCCAAAGCAGUUCAACUGAUCCUAACUGACGAUUAUUUCUCUCUCCUGGUGCCUGGUAGUGGUCAGGAAGUCCAGGACAAUGAAGACGAUUUUUGUGAUGAUGAUGAGGAGGAGGAGGAGAUUGAGACAGUGUGAACAUGUUGCACAUGCCAAGGCAAAGCCUUGCCAGUCCGAGCUGGAAAGGGCAACAUGAGGUUCUAUGUGGGCAUGGGAGAGAGAAAGGACUUUGAGAGUUGAAUCG